CGUAGAACUGGAGAUCAUCACAAAAUGAUUAAUUUUGCUAUAGUGUUUGACUUUACGGACUUUACAUACUUGAUAUAUUCAGGAAAAAGUGAAAAUUGCGUCAAUGUGUUGCUAUUCACUGUUUUUCAAACGAGAUAACAAAGUAACGAGUGCAUGGACUGAAUAAAUACGAGAUCAUUAUAUUCCAUAUCUUCCUUCUUUUUUGCAUAGUUAUCUGUAUAGUUUUUGAGACAGCUUGAAAGAUAAUUCUUUUUUCAUUAUUACAGAGGAAAAGUGAAGUGACAAUGAGAAAAAAACAAAGUUGAUUUUUAUUGACAAUAAUUAUGUGCGCGUUGUGAAUGGUGUAUACAUAUAUUUAUUAUUAAUUCAUCAAUAUCUACAACAAAGGUUAUGUUGGUGUUGGAAAUAUUUUUGAGAAAAAAAAAGUGGCUAACUUAAAUAGAAGAAGAUGAGUUGGUUACGAGGAAGUCCACUUGGGACAAAUUUCGGUAAACAACGAUCAAGAGAUUCACCACCUAAGGAUGCUGAUCCAACGGCAUGUUAUGACAGCUUUAAAAAACAUUGGCAGCAGAGCUACGAAAUUAUUUCCAGCACUCAGCCUCCAAAGGGAUUUCCAAAGCAGGACGACGUCCUGGGUGUGGUGAAUCAUGUUGAUCAGAUGGUGACUCUUCUCUUGUUGGAACUUCGAAAUUCCACGGUGCCUAAUCACCGGAACACGGCAUCGCCUACGCACUCUCCAUGCUUAGAGUACUUACUCAGUGAAAAUUUACUUGAUAAACUCUUCGACUGGAGUUUAUACACAGGAAAAUUUAAUAAUGCUGUUCGUUUGGAGCAAUUGAAAUUGUAUGAACUUUUGGUCUCUUAUAAUAGUGCACUCUUAGCGCACGAACCGGUGGCAAGACCAUUGUUACGAUUAUUGGAACAAUGCUCCAAUGAUGUUAUGCCUUUUGAAGUCGAAAAGAAGCUCGUGAUUUUACUUAAUCAACUUUGUGUUGCUCUAAUGCAAAAUCUUGCACUUCUGGAUCUUUUCUUUCAUCCAAAAGCAAAUGAGAAAAAUAAGUUUCUUAUAUUUACACUUUUAAUACCGCAUAUUCAUCGUGAAGGAGGAGUUGGCCAACAAGCGAGAGAUGCGAUGCUACUUUGUAUGUCAUUAUCGAGAAAAAAUGAUGAAGUUGGCAGUUACAUUGCCGAUACGUCCACUGGAGUUUGUUCAGUGUUGGCGAUGGUGAUAAAUGCUCUUUAUUCAGACUUGCCGAAAAAAUUAGACAUCGAAACAGAUGAUUGGCAUCGUUUGACACCCGACGAUAUCAACGAUAUGCCAGCUCUCACGCAAUUAAUAAAUUAUCUCGAAUUCUGUAAUGCAGUGGCACAAGUUGCCCACCCAUUAGUGCAAAAACAAGUUCUCGACUUUUUGUACAAUGGAUUUUUAGUUCCGGUUAUGGGAUAUGCUCUUUUACAGGAUUCUCUUCACUUGACUAUAGAUCAGCUUGAUGCACCGCAAAACAGGUCUUCGGUGGAGGAUCUUCUUGCAGCGACUGCAUAUUUCGAUUUAUUUCUACGCUCAGUUACCGAACCCGGAUUGUUACGUUCAUUCGUUCGAUUUUUAUUGGAAGACAAUUUUGACGAUUGCCGUAUUCUUGACAGCUUAAUCCAAAGAAUAUCGUCUAAGUCUCGGCUCUGUAUAGUGACACUCGCACUUUUUGAGACGCUAAUAAAUUUGAAUUGCGAAGACGUGAUGCUGGAAUUAUGUCUCGCUGCAUUAACACCAUGCAGUCAUGUAAUGCUGUCACAACGACGAAGGUUACGCGAUGUCGAUCCAUUUGCACGCGCUGCCGAUAAAUUUCUCUCACUCGCGCCAAAAUGUUGUCAACCAUUUGCCAUUGUUUCAACGCCGCCAAAUUCCUUGCCACCAGUGCCUUCAUCAGUUAGAAGAAAAAAUUCCCAACAAACAAUAAAUGAUAAUGUCAAUAAAUCAUUACCACCAAUAACAACAACAGCAACAACAACAACAAGUAAUUACAGUUCACGUACAACUGAAAGUCUCUAUGGGAAUUAUCAUGCAUAUCUUUGUGAUGCGCGACAAAAAAUUACCUCUUGCCAAAUUGCCUGCACAAAUUGGACGAGUCUCUACGAUGGAGAAUCACCGCCACAUGACAGUAGUAAUACGAGUAGUGUCACGACACUUGCCGACGAUAAUGUCAAUAGUAAUAGUAGUCAUAAUAAUAAUAAUAUUAUUAUUGUUAAUAAUGAUGCAUGUUUAAUGGAUGUGGAAAGUAGGACGGAAAUUAGUGAGGAUGUCACUGAUAAUUCUCAGAUGCAAAAUAUUCUCGAUAAUAUUCAAUCACUAUUGGAGGUGAGUGGCGAUAGUGAGGGGAAUUUUUUAGAGUCGACGAAAAUUAUCUCCAGGGAAAAUCAAGAGAAAUUGGAUGCCGAUAUCGCUGAAUUAUUGAGUGAGGAAAUUACCGGCGUCACUAUUGAGGAGAACUUGGAUAAAAAAGGUUCCGACAGCGGAAUUGACGAGUCAAAUACGGCGAUGAAUUCCCUGUUAUCGAUUGGCGAGAGCAGUGGAUAUGAGAGUUUUGCUUUUAAAGGAUCAGCGGAAUCGACGCCUGACAAUGAAUCAAAUGAAGAUCGUAUUAGUGAGCACGAGGAGACAAUAAUUGAAACGUGUAGCGAGGCGAGUGUACAAAUUCAUGGUCUCAGGGAGUCUUAUGAAACGAUAUCGUCGAGUAGAGAAACAUUGAAUAAGGAGCAUUCAUUUCGUCGAACAAUUAUUAAUGGUCAACCGAGUGUGGGCAUUUUUCUUGAUGUUCUACUGAGAAAAUUGGAAUGCAUGAUGUCGAAUAAUGUCUAUGUUAAUUUACAUCUCACGGGACUUAUCAGUAGGCUCGCUAUUUAUCCCCAACCAUUGCUCCAAUCGUUUCUUCUCAAUCAUUCGCUGGUUUUUCAGCCCAGUAUAAGAUCACUUUUUCAGGUGUUGGCCUCGUUGAAACAGAAAAUCGAUCAAUUUUUAUCGAAGCACGAGGAAGUUGAUUUACUUAUUGAACAGGCGAGGAAUUUUCUCAUUGGCCGUGAGGACAAACUUGUGAAUGCGAGAAAAAAUGCUUUAGAAGCUGCCGCUCGAUCUUCAACGACGGAAACGAAGACCACGACAAAUAGUGAGCCAUUCUCGAGAGGUAGUGAACAAAAGAGAGGCGAACUAAAGAGACGGAGUUUAACUUCAUCACUGACGCAAAUGUUCAGAAGAUCGAGUGGAAGUUCUCCAUUUUCCAGUUUAACGAGUCCGCCCUCAAGUAUUUCAGAAAAUCAUCUUGAAAUUGUUCCCGAUGGUUCUGGAUAUCGGUACUACACGAAAACUUCGUGGGAAUCGCCAAGUGAAAUAACGCCCGUGCAAAAUGUCAUUCUUUGUGCAGUUGUUUUGGACGAGUGGCUCAAGGAACUCGCUGCAAUAACACAAGAACACGCAAUCGUCUCCCUCGUAAGUUCGGAAUUGAAAAUUUAAUAUUAUUUUCAAUUUCUAUCUUCCAAGAAAAGAAAAGAAAAAAACAAUUAUAUCACUGUUUGCAAGAAACAAAAACCGAAAAUACGCGAGAAUGCAAAAAAUUUAAUUUUGCAAAAAAAAAUUACCAUUAAAAAUAGAGACGAAAAAAAAAAGAAAAACGUUCGUUUUUUCGUUAAUAUUUUUAUCUUGAUUUGUGAUAAGGGCCAAAAUGUGCUCGACCAAAAGUAUUCACACCAAUUUUACGUGCAAUGAUACUGAUUUUAUUCGAGAAAAACAAAAAGAGAAAUUCUCAUCAUAUCGCAAAGUAAUUUGUUUAAAUCUAAACCCUCUAAUUUUUUUUUAUUAUUGUUAUUAUCGUAGAAUUUUAUUUUACUUUUACGACAUUCAGAAAUCUCAAAUUAUUUAUCGCACUUGGGUUUUUUAAUGCUUCCAAGCUUUGUGAUGUGGGGAGAAUUUUCUUUUUCACCGGCAUUUUUUUUCUUUUCAAUCGAAUUUCUCUUCUUUAAAAAAAAUAUUUCAAUUUUCCUUUUAAAUAUUUAAAAGUUUCUCUUAGGUGCAAAAAAAAUAAUUAUUU